AUGACCUUAUCGUUCAUCCAAGUUUCUAUUGCCUUGGAAAGUAAACCAAUUCUUUCGCGUGACCUCAAACGUGAACGAUUAAGAAGACACAACGAGCUUCAAACUCGUCAAAUCAGUCGAUAUGCUGAUCAUCCUGAUUGGUUCUAUCUCAACCAACAAGAAUGGUAUGAACUUGAUGCAACUCAACAAGAUCAUAUGCGUUUCCAUGCUUAUUUAGCUAUGUCAGUAUAUGGUGAUUACAUGAAUACUUGCCCAAAGACAUUUCUCAAAGGUUUCACUGUAUUGCAAACUUUCGAGGGAGGUUAUAUUGCUCAAAUUCCCGAGAUGGUGAAGAUUGUGAUUGUCUUCAAAGGUACUGGGGGAUACGAUAUUGAUUGGACUCCCACAACGCUCGAAGAUUUAGUAUCAAAUUGUACUGAUUGUCAAGUUGCAACAGCUAUAAAACAACAGUAUCUUCACGUCAAAUCUAUGACAAAUGAUUUUACAGUAGCUAAACAAGCUGUUGCUCGGACAGGAUUACACUUUUCCGUCACUGGUCAUGGAACCGGAGGUUCAAUUGCUGCACUUGCUGCUAUGGAUUUAGGAGCCCGCGAUCUUGUACAUUACUCUCAUAACUUUGGUAUGCCCAGGACGUUCAAUAUGGCCGCUGUUGUUAGAUAUGACAAUCUGUUUCAAGUCUUGUCUGGUCAAAGUGUUGUAGCCCGCAAUGAUUUCUCAGUUCAUAUUGUACCUCUUGGUCCUUUGGUUCACGUUGGAUCAAAAGCUCACCUCACUGGUAACAAAACUCAAUGGUUGAAGAAUUGCUUUGGAGACAACGAGGAUCCAAAAUGUUUAGGAGACCGAAGCAGUCAAUCAGACCACAAAUAUUAUUUUACUCACUUAGGACAAUGCGGUAGUUCUGAGAAGCGAGGACCCAAAGUUUAA